ACUGCAGUGUCAUUUUAUGGUCAAGAUCGUGACGUUUCCUUUGAUCUUUGCUUUGCCUUUUGUGGUGGCAAGAACGCAACUAUAGGAAAUAGCCAAACCGUCUUUGUUGUGGUGUUUUGUGACAAGGAAAUUACAAGAAAUACGACAUCAAUUUAACGUAUGCCGCGAAAAAAAAAGAUAUAUGUCAUGGGCUUACCCAUGAGCCAAAAUGAAAUAAGAUAAUUUCACGUUUGCCCUUGACUGGGAAAUUAAAGGUGAACUAAUUGAAGAGGAAAAUAACACCAUGAAUACGGAAGGCAGAGCUCGGAAAUGUGAACAGCAAGUCUUUCUAUUUUAACCAAUCAACUUUUGUUUUUCAAAUAGGGAGAGUUAUGUACCAUGCAACCAUUCCUCACUCUAUCCUGCAAGUAACCGCAUCAUCAAGACCGGAUAUCGCUUUGGGGUUUAUUGGGUUAUCCGUUGAGGUUGUAUUGUUCUUCACUCUGUCAACAACAGGAGUGUUUCAUAUAUGCUUCAUAAACCGCUGCGUCGCGCCCAAUGGAAUAUAUAUAGAUGGUGUACAACACAUAACAUAAAACAGAGAAGGUAGAAGUCGAGCGUCUUCAUAGAAUAAUCAUGGGGCUUGCGCGCAAUCAUAUCUUCACGUCAUCUCGAGGUUAGUGAGAAUCAUUUGCGCGAAUAUUAUUAAAGUUCUACAGCUUGGCUCUGAAUAUCUUUGCCGGCAUAUUUUGCGUAUGGUGCGCGCUCGCUAUUCGCGUAUGCAUGGUCAUAAAUUAAAUCCAUAUUUCAACGCACGCAAUUUUCUUCUCUAAUGUAUGUUGACUCAAAGCAUUAUGCUUGUAAUAGGAGAUCAUUUGUGCGUGUGAUAUUUGUGGUAUGAAUGGAAAUAUUAGUUAUAAAUAUCCAGCUCUCUUGAGAUGGGAAAGUUAGAGAGGUCUGAACUCGUUUAGGACACAAUGUUUCCAGCAACCCGGCGCAAAAAAGAUGGGCAUCAAUGCAUGGAACGAGUUUAAUUGAUGUCGCUGCUUCGUAGCCAAUAAGCCAUUCAUGUACCUUGUUUUGUUAAUAUAUUCGACCCAACACAGUGCCCUUUUAUUCGACCUUCGCUGGCCGGCGUUGAAUGUUUUUUUUUUGUAAAAUCGGCAAAAUCAAGUUGAAGUAAAAUUUAUCACUAAUGUUGUAAUGUUAACUCGAAAUGGUACAAUGGCAGGUUUCACGCAGUCGUAUCAAAUGCGAAUUAAAUCAUAUGUUGUUUUAGAUCAUAUUGUAAAUACUGGCAACCAUUUAUGCAUAGUUAAUUUAAUUGCAGGUCGUCUACGGAGAUUAAUCUUUCGUCAGGACGUAAUAAAUAAAAUGUUAUUUUGAUAAAACUGAUCCUCGUUAAAAGUGGUUCCAAAAUUGGCAGUAUUUAGCAAUGUGAGAUGGAUUGACUUCUUUGAUCCAUGCGACUUUAAAACAGUUGCCAUAAUAGUGAACAACUUUAAGGAGGUAGUGUUUUUAUCAAUCAUUAAUUGUUCAAGCCACAAACUGCUUGGUAUCACCAUAACAGAUUUACCGUUGAUAAUUUUUACGCAUCCUUAGUUACCAUUAGAAAAUAUUGACUGCCUCAGCAGUACGGCAUUGCUGCCAAUUGGCAACGAGGCACCUCGCUUGGCAGAACCUUCAGUGUUAUGAUUAUUAUUCCGAUGCUAUUCAUGAAAUGUAAUAAAGGAGUUUAACAGGAUUAAUUUGAAUGGUGUUCAAGAUAUUGACAUAAGGAAUUAUCGUAAUUGUUGUUAAUACCUAUAUCAUGUGUCAAGGUUAUUAGAAAUUGGUUACGUUACAAGGGGAAGGUUGUUUAAUGAUAGACUCGGUAUAUUGCCUUCAGGAAAUAAAGAUUUCUGCAUAAGCUAUUUCCUGAACGCCCGUAAUACCACCAAAGCGAUAUAAGUCUGCAGGAGCUCUAAGCAAUAAAUCAAAUAAUGAUUUUUAAACCGUCGUAACAAUGACGUAUUUUAUGCUAAUAAGACGCGAGGUAGGUAAGUGGGCUUAUUGCAAAGAUGUCAUAAGUAAUUGGAUUUAUUCUAUUUUUAUUGAUGUAGUUCUUGCAUUGUUGUUUUUGAUCUAUGGUUUUUCGUUAAACAUCGAAUAUCACGUUUUUGCAAGAAGAACCCAGCAUCUAGCUAAAAGAUAUCCAUGGCCAAAUGCGACCAUACCUUAUAUGCUCGAUUGCAGCAUCGCAAACGUUGUCGGUGCAAAAGCAGUCAUAAAGGCAGCAAUGGCAGCCUGGGAAAACAGAACAUGCAUAAGAUUUGUGAAAAGGACAAAUCAGAAAGGUUAUCUGCUGAUACGAAGGCAAAAAGGAUGCUGGGGUCAGGUUGGUUAUAAAGGAAAGAUGUCAAUACUUUCCAUGGGCGAUGGUUGUGAAUAUAAAUAUGUGAUGACGCAUGAACUCGGUCACGUGAUUGGCUUUUACCAUGAGCAUCAGCGCAGCGAUAGAGAUGAGUUUGUUGAAAUCCUUUGGGACAACAUUCUGAAUUCUAUGUGGAAACAAUUCUACAAACGUCCAGAAGACGAUAAUAUGGACACUGGCCUGGAUUACGAUCACUCCAGCAUAAUGCACUAUAAGUUUAAAGCGUUUGGGAAGAACAUCUCGAUGAGCACGAUAUUACUGAGAGACAAGAACUCCACCGAGGAACCAACGCCAUACAGAUAUAUCACUGAUCUUGACGUGCUGAAGACAAGGGAGAUGUACAAUUGUCCUGACGUUGAAGCACAGAAGAAUGAAACUAACACAACGAAGACAAACACAACGAACACGGAAGAAAAGAAUGUAGAAGAAGACAUAAAAGAGAAAUUGAAAGCAAAGAAUAUAACACCAGAGUUUGAAAUAGUUGAAGCUGCUGAAGUCUCAAUGAUGAGUUCAGGCUGGUACUCAAACACUGGUCGUGAGAGGACUGCCAGUAUCAUGGUAAAUGGAAAAGAACUUGCACGAAAUAGAUUUGGAAUGAAUAUAGUCGUGUUCAAUUACUUAUCUGGAAGAAAAGUAAAAUCUGACACUUAUAGUAUUACAACCCAAAGGGCCGGCGAGGUUUUUUCAGAACACAUCCAGGCCACACCACGAAGGAAUUACUUCUUAAUUGUGAGUAAAGUGCCUAACUUCACGUAUCUAAAAGAGGCUAGAUUAGCUCUGAAAAAUAUCGGAAUAAGAUUACCUAGGAACAUUACUCCUGGAAGUUCCUUGUGUAUCAUUGGUUACAAAGGAAGAGAGGAUGUCCCGGUGAAGUUCGUCAUUGGUUCUCCAGAGGAGAAAGCUUCUUUCUUAUCAAUGAAUAUUACGCUCCCAUCAGAUUACAAUUGUCAAAACGAUGCUCAAAGAUGUAGUUUUUGGGCGACGCAAGGAAGAUGUCAAGGGAGACCAGAAUUCUAUCUUAGGGCUUGUCAGAAAGCCUGCAGUUCUUGCACAAAAGGUCAACCGUGUCAAGACGAAAAUCCAAAAUGCGAGGAAUGGGCGAAAAAGCGAUAUUGUCGUUCACAUCCAGCUUAUAUGUUGAAAUACUGUAAAGUCAGUUGUAAGAUCUGUCGAAAAGCUUUACCUGCGAGAAUAAAAGCAAAAGGAAAUAGCUCUCGGCGCAGGAGACGUAAAAUUGUCGUGGUUGGUGACGAUAACAAGAUAGUAAGAAGAAUUGUUGCUGACGAUAACGACGUUGAUGAAGAUGAAUACGAUGGAAGAGCGAUAGGUACGAGAUGCAGCGACAAAAGUGAAUCGUGUCCUUUCUGGGCAAAGGCCGGCCGCUGCAAAACCGAUUCUUGGGUACAAAAGAAUUGUUUGAUCAGUUGUAAUGUCAAAGGUACUUGUGAUCGACAAGAAAUAAAACCUGAAGGAACUUGUUCGAAUUCUUUCAAUAUUGGCUGGGACCAGAAAGUGAGCGACAACGCCUUUACUGCAUCAUCGUUUUAUGUAACAGGUCAGUGGAACGCCAGUGCAGAGAACGCAAGACUCUACAUGGAAGAUGAUUUCAUAAACUUUCGAAUUGGAUCAUGGUGUGCAGACUAUCCUCCCAAGAGUGGAGAAUGGCUGCAGAUUGAUUUGGGAAGGCCAAGGACAAUCACAGCAGUUGCUACCCAAGGAAGAUAUCGUUUUUACGAGCAUGUGAAGACAUUCAAAUUAUCGUACAGUAGAAAGGGCAAAAAAUGGAAAUACAUUCAGGAAAAUGAGAAAGAUAAGGUAUUCAAAGGCAAUUGUGAUCAUGGUUCGCCCGUUUUAAACAUCUUAAACGAAUCUAUAUACGCACGUUUAGUUAAAUUUCAUCCAAUCAAAUACUAUGAGGGGAUAUGUAUGAGAGUGGAAAUAUAUGGAUGCUAAAUGUACAUUAGCGGCUUUUUUAUAGUGCAACAUGUAUAAUAAUAUUGUAAGAUGAAAACACCUUUUUUUCUUAAAAAG